AUGGUCGACGUGAGAUGGGUUGUGUUCUUCACCUUGCUUAGCCUGCUUGCUUCUUCUGUAACUGCUGGUGUAACUUAUGAUGGAAGGUCCUUGAUCAUUCAUGGCAAAAGGGAGCUUCUCUUCUCGGGCUCUAUUCAUUACACCCGUAGCACCCCUGAUAUGUGGCCGGAUCUUAUUCAAAAGGCCAAACGGGGAGGCUUGAAUGUGAUUCAGACCUAUGUUUUCUGGAACGUUCAUGAACCAAUACAAGGCCAGUUUAAUUUUGAAGGCCAGUAUGAUUUGGUGAAAUAUCUCAAGCUGAUUCACGAGCAUAAAAUGUAUGCAACUCUCCGCUUGGGACCUUUCAUUCAAGCAGAAUGGAAUCAUGGUGGAUUGCCUUACUGGUUAAGAGAAGUCCCCAACAUCACAUUUCGGUCUGAUAACGAACCAUUCAAGUUCCAUAUGAAAAAUUAUGUUACAAUGAUCAUCGAUAAGAUAAAAGGCGAGAAGUUGUUUGCUUCGCAAGGAGGCCCCAUCAUCUUAGCACAGAUUGAAAAUGAGUAUAACACAAUUCAGCUUGCAUAUAGAAAUUUAGGGAAUAGCUAUGUCCAAUGGGCUGGAAACUUAGCUUUGAGUUUCGACGUUGGAGUCCCCUGGGUUAUGUGCAAGCAAAUUGAUGCUCCUGGUCCAGUGAUUAAUACUUGCAAUGGAAGGUAUUGUGGCGAUACCUUUGUUGGGCCCAAUCAACCCAACAAGCCUUCUCUGUGGACUGAGAAUUGGACUGCUCAGUUUAGAGUAUUUGGAGACCCACCAUCCCAAAGAGCAGCAGAAGAUAUUGCUUUUGCAGUUGCCCGUUUCUUUUCAAAGAACGGAUCACUAAAUAAUUACUAUAUGUACCAUGGUGGUACAAAUUUUGGUAGAACAAGUGCCCACUUUGUAACGACACGAUACUACGAUGAGGCACCUCUUGAUGAAUAUGGUUUGCCACGAGAGCCCAAAUAUUGUCACCUGAGGGACUUACACAGGGCUUUAAACCUAGGGAAGAGGGCUCUCCUUCGGGGCACUCCUAGCGUUGAGAAACCCAGUGAAGAUAUAGAGUUUCGAAUCUAUGAGGGUACCGGAUCAUGUACCGCUUUCUUGACAAACAAUGCUACUAAUAGGCCUCAGAAUGUUACCUUUAGAGGCAAUUCAUAUUACCUACCCGCGAAAUCGAUUAGCAUCCUCCCUGACUGCAAGACUGUGGUUUACAACACUCAAAUAAUUGUAUCACAGCAUAAUGCCAGAAAUUUCACAAAAUCAGAGGUUGCAAACCAAAAGCUUAAUGCAAACUGGGAGAUGACUAGUGAAAUUAUUCCGAACUUUGAGUACCUUCCAAACAAGGCCAGGAACCCAUUGGAGCUCUUUAGCCUGACAAAGGAUACCACAGACUAUGUUUAUUACGCCACCACCAUAAGCUUGGGAUGGCGUGACUUGCCAAUGAAACCAGAGGUUUCCCCAGUUCUGCUGAUUGCAAGUCUUGGCCAUUCUUUACUUGCUUUUGUAAAUGGCGAAUACGUUGGAUCUGGGCAUGGGAGCCAUAUCGAGAAGAGCUUUGUCUUCCGGAGGCCAAUAAACCUGAAGCCUGGAGUCAACAGUAUAGUAAUCUUAGGUGCUUUAGUUGGAUUCCCAGAUAGUGGAGCCUAUAUGGAGAAAAGAUUUGCCGGACCUCGCUCUGUGGAGAUCCUUGGAUUGAACACAGGAACAAUCGAUCUUACAAACAAUCACUGGGGCCAUCAGGUUGGUUUGGAAGGGGAGAGACUUCGUGUUUACACUGAGGAAGGAUUAAGCCAGAUGCAGUGGAGAAAGCUUGAGGUCCAAAGACCGGCUCUUUCAUGGUUCAAGUCAACUUUUGAUGCUCCUGAAGGCGAUAAACCUGUCGCCAUCAGGAUGAACAAAAUGGGCAAAGGCAUGGUUUGGAUCAAUGGAAUCAGCAUUGGCCGCUACUGGGUGUCUUAUUUGUCCCCUCUCGGCGAGCCGACUCAAGCCGAAUACCAUGUUCCAAGAUACUUUUUGAAGCCAAAAGACAAUCUGAUGGUUGUUUUUGAGGAGGAGGAAGGAGGGAAGCCUGAAACGAUUCAGAUUGAACUAGUGGAUAGAGAUAUAAUUUGCAGUUUCAUCAGAGACCAACACCUGCCAACUGUGCGGGCAUGGGAAUACAAGAACAAGCAGCUGCUGCCGGCGUAUGAUGCUCCAAAACCAAUGGCUGGCCUGCAAUGCCCAACCAACAAAGUCAUCACCGAGGUACAGUUCGCCAGUUACGGCGAUCCUGUCGGUGUCUGCGGAGCCUUCAAUUUCGGAAAUUGCAGUGCUCCUUCUACCAAGGAAGUGGUCGAAAGGUAUUGUCUGGGAAAGAAUAGAUGUGAAGUUCCAUAUGACAGAGACCUAUUAACCAAUAUGGCGGAUCCAUGUCCGACUGUGAUAAAGAAUCUGGCUAUCCAAGUGAAGUGCGAUUACAGCAAGUGAGAAAGAGAAGAGCUGCAAUGCAAGGAGGUUGCAGUCAUAUUUAAUGGACAUGACAGUUUUCAAGGCCAAAUAAAACUAGAAAGGAGAGGAAAAUGAACACGAUGAAGUUCAGUGGUCAUCUCAACAAUUGUGUUCUUUAUUCCAUUUUAUAUAUAUUAUUAAGACGUCAUUACUAUA